AGUGAGCGAGAGAAGCAGGAGCAGACGGAGGCGCAGAAGGAGAAGCAGAGAGAGCUGAUACUGCAGCUCAAGACACAGCUGGAUGACCUGGAGACGUUUGCUUACCAAGAGGGCAGCUAUGAUUCUCUGCCACAGUCUGUGGUUAUGGAAAGACAACGGAUGAUUAUAAAUGAGUUGAUAAAGAAGCUGGACAUGGACUUGAGCGAAGAUAUUGCAACGCUCUCUCCAGAGGAAUUACGACAGCGUGUGGAUGCUGCCAUAGCGCAGAUUGUUAAUCCAGCCAGGGUGAAGGAGCAGCUGGUGGAGCAGCUGAAGACACAGAUAAGGGACCUCGAAAUGUUCAUCAACUUCAUUCAGGAUGAAGUCGGAAGCUCUGGUAAGGCAGAAGAUGGACACUGUGAAUGUGCAGGCAGGAAAGAUGGUGGUGGCUCCCACAAACCAAAUACACGGCCUUCUGGAAACAGAGUGAACCCAGAAGAUGCCAGAAAGAUGAGAGAAACAGGCCUGCACCUCAUGCGUCGCAUGCUUGCUGUGCUGCAGAUAUUUGCUGUCAGUCAGUUUGGUUGUGCUACGGGUCAGAUUCCUCGCACCCUCUGGCAGAAGGACCAAGACAACAAGGACUAUUCCCCCUUAAUCAAGAAAUUGGAGCUGUCGGUAGAGCGGGUGAGGCAGCUGGCUAUGAAGUACCAGCAGGAGGACCACGUUAUCAGUUCCUCCGACCUGCAGGACGUUCCCUUAGGAGGCAGGGACGAGCUGACUCUGGCUGUGCGGAAGGAGCUGACCAUCGCUUUGCGAGACCUGAUGGCUCAUGGGCUCUACGCCUCUUCCCAAGGAAUGAGCCUGGUAUUGGCACCCAUCGCGUGCCUGAUUCCUGCGUUCUCCUCCUCGCCGCAGACCAUGCACCCCUGGGAGCUCUUUGUGAAGUAUUACAACGCUAAGAACGGACAAGCCUUCGUGGAAUCCCCAGCUCGCAAACUCUCCCAGUCCUUUGCCUUGCCUGUGACAGGAGGAAUGGCUGUGACACCCAAACAGAGCCUGCUGACCGCGAUCCACACUGUCCUCACGGAGCAUGACCCCUUCAAGCGCAGCGCAGACUCGGAGCUGAAGGCGCUGGUGUGUAUGGCACUGAACGAGCAGCGCCUGGUCUCCUGGGUAAAUCUGAUCUGCAAAUCUGGAGCUCUGGUACAGGCCCACUACCAGCCAUGGAGCUACAUGGCAAGCACAGGCUUUGAGAGCGCGCUCAACGUUCUCAGUCGCCUGAGCAACUUGAAAUUCAACCUCCCAGUUGACCUGGCUGUGCGGCAGCUGAAAAACAUCAAAGACGCUUUUUGAUGUGUUUUUAUUGUAGAUCAUCCCUUUUCCACAAGCAGGGCAGCUGCU